AUGAACCACUGUGCAAGAAAUGUAUUUGUUGGCAAAUGGAAUUUCCUUCUCCGACCUCUAGAAAAAACACGGACUAAAUGCCAUCAAUGUUCGGGAUCGGCGCUUGUUUGCUUCAGCCGGAGUCAGACCACGGCCACGGAGCAAGCUCCAGAUCCUGGAAAAGGAGAAAAAACUCCACUUCGUGCUAUUGACUUGGCUAGAAAGCUCCGGCAGGAGAAGUCCAGUACCCGUACAGCGGAACCCCCUUUGUCCGACCAACAGAAGAGGGUAAUGGACUUGAAACGGUUCAGUCUGCAGCUUCAAAAUGUUCAUCCUAAUGUGCUGGCUAAGCACCUGAGCAAAAGCGUGUUGUACCAGGACCAGCAUUUGGUCAUAAUCAACAAACCGUAUGGUCUUCCUGUGAAAGAUUCCAAUGGGGAGACCUCCAUAUCUUCUGUGCUUCCUGUCCUCUCCAAAAUGAUGGACGGAAUAAAAGUCAGGUCCGACUCCCAGCUGCUGCCCUGCCUGGGCCUGGAGAAAGAGAUGACUGGCGCUCUCCUGCUGGCAAGGAGCGAAGAAGCAGUGGAACAUGUACUGGAGCUCAACAGUAGUAGUCAAGUGCAGAGAAAGUACUGGGUUGUCACAGCGGGCAUACCGGUGCCAUCUGAAGGCAUGAUUGACAUUCCCAUCAUUGAGAGAGCAGUCACCGGCUCUCAGCCUCACUACAAGAUGGCUUUAAGCCCCAUUUACAGAAUGAAUGACGCCGGCAGUGGACUAACGAAAGUCAGAGCCAAUCGCCAAUCCCUUCCUGCAGUCACAAAGUACAAAGUCCUGGAUAGUCAUGGUGGAUGUAGCCUUGUUGAACUGGAGCCUCUUACUGGAGUGAAGCACCAGAUUAGGGUUCAUAUGGCAUUCGCAAUGUCAUGCCUCAUUUUAGGAGACCAUAAAUAUUCACAUUGGAGCAAACUGGCACCACAGAAAUUACCGGAGCGCGUGCUGGGGAAGCUUGGUCUGGAACAGAGCAAGAGCCGGCAUCUUCCGCUUCACUUGCAUGCUCGUCAGCUGACGCUGCCUAGAAUCGGUCAUGGCACUGUCAGUGUGCGAUGCCCACUGCCAAAGUUUUUUACUCAAACACUCAGCCGACUGAAUUUAACUUUCCCUAAGGAAAACGAUGACAACCAACCACCUUGCAAUGUUGUAUGA